AUGGUGGAAAAGGCUUCAAAAAAAGCAACCUUUGUUGACCGGUGUGAGAAAGAGAGAGGGGUAAAACUGAGAAAGAUGCAGAACGCGAACAAGAACGCAGUAGCGCUUCAGAACACGCAUGUUAAACUUCUCGCCUUCGAUCUUCUCUCCUUGACGCAAUCCCCUUCCCAUUCUCCCGACGCCGCCACGUCGUUUUCCCGUAGAGGAAUCCCGCUCUCGUGCGUCGAAAUUGUCGGCACAGUCACCUUGCGCCACCUCAAGCCUCAGAGCCUGCUCCGCUUCGCCGUUGACGACGGCACCGGCUGCGUCCCCUGCGUGCUGUGGCUCAACGAUGCCGCCUCCCCCUCUGUCGCCCGCCGCCGCCGACACGAGCUCGCGGCGCGCUUCGUCGAAGUGGUGAAGAUUGGCGCGGUGACUAGAGUGAGAGGCAGACUGAGCCGGUACAAGGGCGAUGUGCAGGUGAGGGUGUCGGACGUGGUCGCUGAGAGAGAUCCGAACGCCGAGAUCUUCCAUUGGCUCGAUUGCGUCUCUUUAGCUCGCAACUGUUAUAACCUUUUGCCUCCACCUUCUUCUUUUAGAGGAUAA